CACUACUCCCCUAAGAGCCCUUGGCAGGGAAGCGCUCGCUGCCCUUUGUUAGAUGAGCAGAAGCUUCCUCAGCUCAGUUACACAGGAGCAGCCUCCGUAGCUGAGUGGCCGCCCGGGCACACGUGGUGGUAGUGCAGGCUGAGAGCUGCCGCCGGGAGCCUGGCACACUGCUGGGCACUGCUUGCAGCACAUUGCUGGGAGCACACUGCUAGCCACUGCUGUAAGCACACUGCUGGGAUCUUCCCGGGGAGCCUGGAGUACGCACAGCAUCUGGAAAAGACAGUACACACUGACCUGCCUGUAAGAUGCUGCUAUAAAUCAGGGGAUCGCUAUGACGGACGGUGUUACCAUGCAAAGGCGCUGCUGCUUUCCUGUGCUCUGCCUGCUACUCUUCACGACGGCCGAGUGCUUCUCUGGAGACAAUGAUCAUUUUUUGGCAAUCCGAGACAGGAAGAGUGGGAAGCCCAAAUUUAUUUACAGUCAUGUACAUGGUAUUAGAAAGAGCUUAGACCUGGAAAGGCAAAAGAUGCCUGAAUAUAACUUUCAUUCACCAACCAACAUUAAAGUCAGUAAAUUUAUUCCUGGCUUAUUAGUGAAAUCAUCUUUCCCUCAAUCACCACACGAUCAAGCUCUGAACUUGUUGGCUUCGGAAGAUCCAAAUAUUGAAGUAGAAAAUCGUCCCAUUCCACAAGCAAGUGUUAUUUUAGUGAUUCUGAAAAUGGAUGUGAACAAGCUGAAUACAACAUUGCUCCGGAAGUUCCGUCAGGGAGUCGCUGCAGCUCUAGGCUUGAUGCCACAGCAAAUUCACAUCAAUCGCCUCAAUGGAAAGAAGAACUGCGUUGAGCUCUUUAUUUCUCCACUAAACAAAAAGAUAGGUGUUCCAGAUACACUGCCUUCAGCAGAGGUUCUGCGUUCUCUCAAUCUGCAUACACUACACCAAAGAUUAUCCCAUUUUGGAAUAACUGAGGUCUCCCCAGAGAAAAAUGUUCUGCAGGGACAACAUGAGGCUGAUAAGAUAUGGACCAAAGAAGGUUUUUACACGAUUGUUAUCUUCCUCAGCACAUUUGUCAUAAUCGUCACAUGCUUAAUGGUACUCUACAGAUUAAAAGAAAAGAUCCAGUUUUCAUUGAGGCAGGACAAAAAAAAACAAGAAAUACACCUGUCCCCUCUCUCAGUUCAGCCCACACAGUCUGAGGCUAAACAUCUGAGCAGUAUGGUUCAUCCUGAGAACAUCCCAAAAGCUUUGAAUGUUAUUGUAGACCCACAGUGUCCAGGCACCUUUGAGAUUAAGCUUCCAAUUUCUGCAGGACCCUCCCCAUUUAAGAUGAAGCCUGUGGGCCUACAGGAAAGGAGAGGUUCCAAUGUGUCGCUUAGCUUGGACAUGAGUGGUUUAGGAAUGGUAGAACCUUUCAAUGUGGCUCCAACACCACGAGAAAAAGUAGCAGUUGAAUACUUGCAAACAGCCAGUCGUGUCCUGACCAGACAGCAACUCCAUGAUGUAGUUCAAAGCCCACAUCUGCUUCACACUGAAUUCAUGGAAAUACCAAUGAAUUUCAUGGAUCCCAAAGAAAUUGAUAUUCCAAGUCACGGAACCAAAAAUCGCUACAAAACUAUUUUGCCAAAUCCAGUAAGCAGAGUGUAUUUAAAACCAAAGAAUGCAAAGGAUUCAUUGAGCACCUAUAUAAAUGCUAAUUUUAUCCACGGCUAUGGGGGGAAAGAGAAGAAGUUCAUUGCUACUCAAGGACCAAUGAUUAACACAGUAAAUGACUUCUGGCAAAUGGUGUGGCAAGAAGAUGUCCCUGUGGUUGUUAUGAUCACCAAGCUGAAAGAAAAAAAUGAGAAAUGUGUUCUCUACUGGCCAGAGAAGAGGGGGAUCUAUGGAAAUGUUGAGGUGCUUGUUAACAGCGUCAAUGAACUUGAACAUUAUACCAUCCGAUCUCUCACCUUAAAGCAAGGAAGCCAAUCACGCACUGUUAAACAUUACUGGUACACCUCUUGGCCUGAUCACAAGACUCCAGACAGUGCUCAGCCACUACUUCAGCUUAUGUUGGAUGUAGGAGAUGACAAAGAAAUGUUUGCUGGAAGAGGUCCUGUGGUAGUGCAUUGCAGUGCUGGAAUUGGAAGAACUGGCUGUUUUAUCGCUACAUCCAUUGGCUGCUGUCAGAUGAAGGAAGAAGGAGUUGUAGAUGUAUUAAGCAUUGUAUGCCGGCUAAGAAUGGACAGGGGAGGAAUGGUUCAAACAAGUGAACAAUACCAGUUUGUGCACCAUGCCCUGAGUCUUUAUGAGAGUCGACUCUCCGCAGAAAUGGUCCAGUGAACGUCUGGGAAUCGGAUUUCUAAUGAUGAUUUUAGGUAAUUAUUUAAAUUACCGACCAGCAGUUUCUUCAAGAAGCGAAGUAGGCUCCUUGGAAAGCAAGAAUGUAGCGAGAACAUGGAAGAUUUGGUGGAACGUUUGACACAAUUACAGUAGAUGGACAGUAAUGUGUCACUGAAUGUACCUGUGAUGCAAGUUUCUGCAAAAAGCAAUGGGCGGUAUAGAAGCUGUACAUGGAAUUUACAUAUGUAACUGAAAGGUGGAUAUACUUUUGAAAUACGAUUAUCUACCAGAAAGUAUGUACAGUAUGUACUACUGUUCCAGGCACAGUGGAUAUUUAAGGAUUAUUCAGUGUAUAACAAAUAAACGUUUGCAAACUGUGUGUCUUGUAAAUGGACUGUGAAAUGUCACUCUGUUAAGUGCUAUUACUUAUUAUGUGGUGAAUUUGUUUCUUGCCCACAUAAGAUUAUUGCUGCUAGUGUUACGAGUAAUAUGUUUAUUUUUAAUGAAAUAAUAUUUCUUUGUUUAUUUUCUAAACUGUUUCAGAAACAGUGACUAUUUUAUAUGGAGAUGUGUUUUUGUUCUAUUAGCAAUUGUGAAUUUCCAACAGGAUAUUUAAAAGGAGCACAAUGUACUUUUAAUCAGUUGAUAUGCAUUUGCUGUAUACUGUGGGUUGUACUACUUGCUGCGCCUCUUCUAAACUUUGUGUCUUUGUAAAUCAUGUGAGUUAUUUUACCUGAGAACUUUAUAGCAUAUAUUAAAACUGCAAGGAAUAAAAUUAUUGUCUACAGUCCAAA